UUCCCUUGUCCUCCUUAUGCAAGAAAAGAAAUUCUGACCUAACACACAGCCACAGAACAAGUUAACAAUAUUUUUAUGUCUUAGAGUUGAGCUUCCUAAAAUACAGAUAAAGUAUUCAACCUUCAAGAUUCAUUUUCCUUGAAUCUUACCAACAAGACACUCCUGGAUCCAGAAAUUGAAGAGAGAAGGAGAGAGAGAGAGAGAGGAGGAAAGAGAAAGAAUGAAUUCAUCCAAAUCACCUGCAUCACAAUGCACAGAAAAAGGAUACUUCUCUUCCCAAGUGUUCUUAUGGACUGUUGCUGGGGUUUCCAUCCUACUACUCAGUGCCUGUUUUAUCACCAGAUGUGUUGUGACAUAUCACAUCUUUCAAUCCUGUGAUGAGAAAAAGUUCCAGCUACAGGAGGAUUUCAUGGAGCUCUCCUGCUAUAAUGGUGGAUCAGGUUCAGUCAAGAAUUGCUGUCCAUUGAACUGGGUACAUUUUCAAUCUAGCUGCUACUUCUUUUCUACUAACGUCAUGUCCUGGACAGCAAGUUUAAAAAACUGCUCAAAUGUGGGAGCUCAUCUGGUGGUUAUCAACACCCAGGAGGAGCAGGAAUUCCUUUUCCGCGAGAAACCUAGAGAGAAAGAGUUUUAUAUUGGACUGACUGACCAGGUGAUCGAGGGUCAAUGGCAAUGGGUCGAUGGCACACCUCUCACAGAGUCGCUGAGCUUCUGGGAUAUAGGGGAGCCCAACAACUUAGCUACAGUAGAGGACUGUGCCACCAUAAGAGACUCUUCAAACUCAAGGCAAAAUUGGAAUGAUGUGCCCUGUUUCUUCCGUCAGUUUCGGAUUUGUGAAAUGCCAGAAAUUAAAACUUGAACAAAGAAAAACCUCUAAGAACGGAAGGCAGAACUUAAAUGUAUAAAUGAGGAGGAACAAGAGCAUGAACACAGCCUCGCCUCCAACACAAGAAAAGUGUACACUGCACUUCCUAAGGACUUCACAAGUGUUUGUUGCUCUGAUAUAAAUAAAAAUGAGUAGUUCUGAAUGUCAUAAUUCAUUAUACUAACUGAAGUGCAUUUUUCUUUACAUUAGUCUCAGGACUUCUCAGAAUUUACCAAGCAAUUCUCCAGCAAAUGCUAGAAGAAAGAAAUGCUUUUUUUGGUACAUUUGCUUCAUUUGUGAGUAUAUGAAACUACAAGGACAUAGAACAAGUACGGAGUCCAGCAAAGGAGAUUUUGGAAAGUGCCUUUGAACAACUGCCUAAAUUCAGGCUCUGUGUCAAUUCCUCUUCUUUCUAGCUCCUGAAAAAUCUGUCUUCUCAUCUUGAUUUCAUACUGUUUUUAUCCCCUGCCCAAGCAUAUAUCCUCACUAUGUUCUUCUCUACAAUGAGCAAGAAACUUCCUCAAGCCAUGGAACUUAUUUCUGCUCGAAAGACUGAUGUAAAUUUUCUUGCCAAAGGCCUUUAUUGCACCUUCUUAGGGAAAGGCUAUGCUAACUUUUAGCUCCAAAUCGACUGAGAUCCAGUCCACUCAUUGCAGGAACUCCCUUUUCUCUCUAGUCUCUGCCAUUGACUAACUGGAUCUCACCUGAAUUUGUGUCUAUUGCUCAGCUAGAUCCGGAGUCGAACAGUCAAAUUAUUCUAAGGAGACAUUCAGCUUGACAUUUUCCUGUCUCAAGACUAUUCAUUUAUUGCAUAAUAUUCUAUCAAUACUGAUAAGGUUAUACAAGAAUAUGUAAAUAACUUGGCAGCUUUAUAACCAUGUUUCUUGCAGACUGUACCAUAAAGAGACGCUCAAAAUUCAUACAUUGGAAUUAAUGUGUAAUUAUUGAAUGGGAAAAUUCAA